GCGCGGGGCCUGUGGGAAGCGGAGUGACGGAGCGAGCGGCUGUUGGAGGAAGGAGGUGGGGGCCGGGAGCGCAAAUGGCGUUGAGAUGGUUCAGGGCCCUGUUCAAACUCCAGCGCUGACCAUUCACCGGCGGAGGCGGCGGCGCAGAAGGCGGCGGCGGCCCAGUGGGGGCACGUAGCAGGCUCGGCACCGGCGGCGGCCGCCAGGGAGGCCUAGGCUCUGCCCGGCCGGCGCGCCUGAGGUGGGGAGGGAAGUUGCGGAGCCGCCGCUCCUCCCCCCGCUCGACCGGGCUUCCUAUUUACCGAAGCGGAGCCGCGGGCUGUGACGGCAGCAGAGCCCCUCGCCUCUCGGGGCGCACCGGUCGGCGCUGUUCUCCCGCGCGGGGCUCCCGCGCCCGCCCGUGGGCCGUUGGGAGCGGGAGAGGCGGAGGCGGCCCGAGGCCAAAGCACCCGCCAGGCGCCGAGGGGAAUAUGAAACAGGUGUCAAAAUGACAUCCAGAUUUGGAAAAACUUACAGUAGGAAAGGAGGAAAUGGCAGUUCAAAAUUUGAUGAAGUUUUUUCCAACAAACGGACUACUCUUAGUACAAAAUGGGGAGAGACCACAUUUAUGGCUAAAUUAGGGCAAAAGAGGCCCAAUUUCAAAGCAGAUAUCCAAGAAAUUCCGAAGAAACCUAAAGUAGAAGAAGAAGAUACUGGAGAUCCUUUUGGUUUUGAUAGUGAUGAUGAGUCUAUACCUGUUUCUUCAAAAAAUUUAGCCCAGGGUAAGGGUUCAUCUAGUGAAGCUGCUCAGCCGGAAGAAGCCACGUCUGUACUUGAAGCUAAUAGCACAUUUAGUCAUGUGGUGGGUGAAGACAGUUUGGCCUCGGAUAAAUGCUUGCUUACGGAGGAUGCUUUGAUUGGGAAAGAAAAGAGCACACAUAGAGUCUCGGAAGACAGUGCAAACAAAAGUAGUUGUGCUAAAUUAAUAACUUCAGAUAAAGUGGAGAAUUUUAGUGAAGAACAUGAAAAAAAUAGUCACCAUUUCCAUAAAAAUGCUGAAGAUAGUACUAAGAAACCCAAUACAGAAACCACAGUGGCUUCUGAAUAUAAAGCUGACGAAAUUAAGGAAACAAAUGAUACUUGGAAUGCCCAGUCUGGGAAAAGAUCAGAGUCUCCAUCUGAAAGUUGUCCAAGCAAAGGACCUGUAAGAACUGGUUUAUAUGAGUGGGAUAAUGAUUUUGAAGAUAUCAGAACAGAAGACUGUAUUCUGAAUUUGAAUAGUGAUUCUCUUUUGGAGAUGAAGGAUGAGGAUUUAAAAAACCGAUUGGAAAAUCUAAAUGAAGCCAUUGAAGAAGAUAUUAUACAAAGUGUUCUUAGGCCAAGCAACUGUAGGACGUACUGUAGGGCCAAUAAAGCGAAAUCCUCACAGGGAGCAUCCAAUUUCGAUAAGCUAAUGGAUGGCACCAGUCAGGCCUUAGCCAAAGCAAACAGUGAAUCAAGUAAAGAUGGCCUGAAUCAGGCAAAGAAAGGUGGUGUAAGUUGUGGGACCACUUUUAGAGGAACAGUUGGACGGACUAGAGAUUACACUGUUUUACAUCCAUCUUGCUUGUCAGUUUGUAAUGUCACCAUCCAGGAUACCAUGGAACGGAGUAUGGAUGAGUUCACGGCAUCUACUCCUGCAGAUUUAGGAGAGGCUGGCCGGCUCAGGAAAAAGGCAGAUAUUGCAACUUCCAAGACCACUACUCGAUUUCGACCUAGUAAUACUAAAUCCAAAAAGGAUGUUAAACUUGAAUUUUUUGGUUUUGAAGAUCAUGAUGAGACAGGAGGUGAUGAAGGGGGUUCUGGAAGUUCUAAUUACAAAAUUAAAUAUUUUGGCUUUGACGAUCUCAGUGAAAGUGAAGAAGAUGAUGAUGAUGACUGUCAAGUGGAAAGAAAGACAAACAAAAAAAGAACUAAAACAGCUCCAUCACCUUCCCUGCAGCCUCCCCCUGAAAGCAAUGACAGUUCCCAGGAUAGUCAGCCUAGUACUAAUAGUGCAGAAAACUUGGAUUUUACAGAGGACUUGCCUGGUGUGCCUGAGAGUGUGAAGAAGCCCAUAAGUAAACAAGGAGAUAAAUCCAAGGAAAAUACCAGAAAGAUUUUUAGUGGUCCCAAACGGUCACCUACAAAAGCUGUAUAUAAUGCCAGGCAUUGGAACCAUCCAGACUCAGAAGAACUGCCUGGACCACCAGUAGUAAAACCUCAGAAUGUCACAGUGAGGCUGUCUUCAAAGGAACCAAAUCAAAAAGAUGAUGGAGUUUUUAAGGCUCCUGCACCACCACUCAAAGUGAUAAAAACUGUGACAAUACCUACUCAGCCCUACCAAGAUAUAGUUACUGCACUGAAAUGCAGAAAAGAAGACAAAGAAUUAUAUACUGUUGUUCAGCACGUGAAGCACUUCAAUGAUGUGGUGGAAUUUGGUGAAAAUCAAGAGUUCACUGAUGACAUUGAAUACUUGUUAAGUGGCUUAAAGAGUACUCAGCCUCUAAACACACGUUGCCUUAGUGUUAUUAGCUUGGCUACUAAAUGUGCCAUGCCCAGUUUUCGAAUGCACCUGAGAGCACAUGGGAUGGUCGCAAUGGUCUUUAAAACCUUGGAUGAUUCUCAGCACCAUCAGAAUCUGUCCCUCUGUACAGCUGCUCUCAUGUACAUAUUGAGUAGAGAUCGUUUGAACAUGGAUCUUGAUAGGGCCAGCCUAGAUCUCAUGAUUCGACUUUUGGAACUGGAACAAGAUGUUUCUUCAGCUAAGCUACUGAAUGAAAAAGACAUGAACAAGAUCAAAGAAAAAAUCCGAAGACUCUGUGAAACUGUGCACAAUAAACAUCUUGAUCUAGAAAAUAUAACGACUGGUCAUUUAGCUAUGGAGACAUUGCUGUCCCUUACUUCCAAACGAGCAGGAGAUUGGUUUAAAGAAGAGCUCCGGCUUCUGGGUGGUCUGGAUCAUAUUGUAGAUAAAGUAAAAGAGUGCGUGGAUCAUUUAAGUAGAGAUGAGGAUGAAGAGAAACUAGUAGCCUCUUUAUGGGGAGCAGAGAGAUGUUUACGAGUUUUAGAGAGUGUAACAGUGCAUAAUCCAGAGAAUCAAAGCUACUUGAUAGCCUAUAAAGAUUCACAACUCAUUAUUUCAUCAGCUAAAGCAUUACAGCAUUGUGAAGAACUGAUUCAGCAGUAUAACCGCGCUGAGAACAGCAUAUGCAUAGCAGACAGUAAACCUCUGCCUUACCAGAAUGUAACUAACCACGUGGGCAAAGCAGUGGAGGACUGCAUGAGGGCUAUCAUUGGGGUAUUGCUCAAUUUAACUAAUGAUAAUGAGUGGGGCAGCACGAAGACAGGAGAACAAGAUGGACUUAUAGGCACAGCCAUGAACUGUGUCCUUCAGGUUCCCAAGUACCUACCUCAGGAGCAGAGAUUCGAUAUUCGAGUGCUGGGAUUGGGUCUACUGAUAAAUCUGGUGGAGUAUAGUGCCCGGAAUCGACACUGCCUUGUCAAUAUGGAAACAUCCUGUUCCUUUGAUUCUUCCUUCUCUAGUGGAGAAGGAGAUCAGAGUUUAAGGCUAGCUGGACAAGUUCAUGCUGUUCAGGCAUUAGUACAGCUAUUUCUCGAACGAGAGCGAGCAGCACAGUUGGCAGAAAGUAAAACAGAUGAAUUGAUCAAAGAUGCUCCCACCACUCAGCAUGAUAAGAGUGGAGAGUGGCAAGAAACAAGUGGAGAAAUACAGUGGGUGUCAACUGAAAGGACUGAUGGUGCAGAGGAGAAGCAGAAGAAGGAGGAGGAGGAUGAAGAACUCGACCUCAAUAAAGCCCUUCAACAUGCUGGCAAACACAUGGAGGAUUGUAUCGUGGCCUCCUACACAGCCUUGCUUCUUGGGUGUCUCUGCCAGGAAAGUCCGAUCAAUGUAACUACAGUGAGGGAAUACCUUCCAGAAGGAGAUUUCUCUAUAAUGACAGAGAUGCUUAAAAAAUUCUUAAGUUUCAUGAAUCUUACUUGUGCUGUUGGAACAACAGGCCAGAAGUCUAUUUCUAGAGUGAUUGAAUAUUUGGAACAUUGCUAGCUGCUUUACCUUUGCUUCAGGUGCUUGGUAAUGCUGGAGCUAUCCUUAGACAAAGAAAAGUCAUGAAAGAAGUCCUUGAAGAUAUACCAAGAACAUUCAUCAGUAUCAUUCGUGUUUGGAUUUUUAUGACCACCCGAUUUCUUCAUCAUCAUGCAUUCUGCAUUUGCUAAAUGACAGUUACUACAUCAAUCUGCAGCUAUCAAAAAUGAGGGAACGGUUCAGGCUGUUAACAAUCCCAUGCAGUAUUUCAGUACACUUACUUGGCAGAGUCUAUACCCUCCCCUGGGUUCCUUGCUUUCUUCUCAGCAAGGUUGAAAGGGGGAACUUGCUGCUGUUAGUGCAACUGCUGUGUAUGUGGAGCCACUGUUGUCAUGGCAGUCAGGUGCAAAGGCAGCUUAGCUACUGAGGUAGUGAAUGUUCGAGGACAUUCGAGACAACAGCUUAGUUCCUUUUUCAGGCUCAUUUGCUUUUGCUUUUUGUUGAAUGAUUCCAAUCGUAAAUAAAGCUUUUAAUAAUUUUGUGAA